UUCGAGUAGUUCAUUUGCUUUGUUUCUUGUUGAAGAAUCAUAUAUGUUUCUCUAUCACUUUCUCUCACCUUCGGUCUCACUUUCUCCAGAAAAUUGAAUUCAACUUUGCUAGCUUUCAAGAAUCUGAUCACUUGGGUGUUGCUGAUUUCACAUUCAGCAAUUUCUUCUCAGUGUUGUUCAUCAUCGAUUAGAUUCCCUUUUCACUUGGAAGCUGUUUCUUUCAAAUUAAUCCAACAUGUAUGCUAAUUUCAGGAAAGUGAUAGUUCCGAAAACAUCAAGACCAACCACAUCAACACCGGACUCAACUGCAACAUGGCUCAGCUGUCAUUACUGCUCUCGGCUCUUUAGUAGCAGCCCAAAUGUUCGAGGUGUUGUUGUACAAGCCAGGGAACCCAAUACUAGCUACUAUGUGGCUGAUUACGUUACUAACACUUACCGUCCAGACAAUGGAUUAAUAAUUUCUGAAUGGAUUACAGCUGAAAAUGGGGAGAAUAAUUUGGCCUUGACCCGUAUCUACUGUGACAGAUGCAGACUACCUGCUGGCUGGAAAGUCCUUCAGCGGAGCCAAACUCACCCUAUUGUCGAUGUAGGCCAUGUUUUGCUGCCAGUUACUCCUCCUGCUGCUUCUCCUUCUCAGCCAUAAUGGCUGAUGGCUCUCCAUAUAUACAGUGGAUGUGGCUCGUGGCUGAUGGCUCUCUCUGUUACUUAAGAAUCUCAAUACAGUAGUUAUCCAAUGCAAUGUACUUGUGAUGUAAUACCAAUUGCUAGCUAGUACCAGCUCUGUUGCAUGAAAACUUGAAGCAAUGUUUUCAGAAGCUUUCAUGUUGGGUUGAAUAAAUUCAUGAGAAUUCUAUGUCG